AUGUUCAGGUCUCGCUUUUUCCUAUCCUCUACAACCAAAUUAACUUUGUGCUACACCUUAAUUUAUCCUUAUAUCGUCUAUUGUAACUGCGCCUGGUCGUCCACAUACGUAUCUAACUUAAACAGAAUUUAUUACUUGCAAAAGCGAGCUGUGCGGGCUAUCACCAACUCAGACUAUCGAGCCCAUUCCGCUCCUUUAUUCUCCAAACUAGGAAUUUCAUAUAUUUUCAAGUCAAUACGCUUGAAAUCGCCAAAUUCAUGUUUUAUUAUAGAAAUAACUUAUUGCCUCCAUUGCUUCCUCAAUCUUUUUGUAACGAAUGGUAAAAUUCACAACUAUGGUACCAGAACAGCCAGUAAUUAUCGAACGCAUUUGUGCCGUACAAAUCUCAAUCAAUUUACAAUUCUCUACCAAGGUCCUAACAUUUGGAACUCUCUUCCUGUUCCAGCCACUCGUUUGACAAACCUUCUUAGUUUUAAGACGAAAAUGCAAGAGUUUUUACUUAAAUAA